ACAGUGGGAGCAGUUGGACUGACCAUUGCUGCUGCAGGAUUUGCAGGUCAUUAUGUUUUGCAAGCCAUGAAGCAUGUGGAGCCUCAAGUAAAACAAGUUUUUCAAAGCCUACCAAAAUCGGCCUUCAGUAGUGGCUACUACAGAGAUGGGUUAGAACCCAAAAUGACAAAACAAGUAACAGCAUUACUAUCAGGUUUGAGCCCCACUGCCAAUAAAGGAAAAAUAAAAGAUGCUUAUCGACGAAUUAUGCUUUUAAAUCACCCAGGCAAGGGAGGAUCUCCUUAUAAAGCAGCCAAAAUAAACGAAGCUAAAGAUGUACUAGAAGGUCAAGCUAAAAAAUGA